AACAACAUCUUGCAACCGCCAGGCUAUUUUGAUUGCAUUUUCUUUGCAUAUAUGCGCCCAUGUAGUUUUGUUCAGGGCGCAUGGCUGUCCAACUUGCUCGGACUUCGCCUUGAGCGCUUCGCCAAACGUCUAGAUUGGCAAGGAGAUGUCCGCUGACGGAUACUAUGACACGCGCGUUGACUUUCCCAUUUCCAAACUUCAAGCUGCUCGAUUACUGCCUGACUUUUAAUACGAGCAGAAUGUUAAAUGUGACUAAAAAUAUGUCAAGGAUUUCAUGAAUACAUCCCUCUCAUCCGCCACAGGGUCUUUGAGAUUCAUAUUGUUGCUUUCCUUGACAAAGCAUCUUUUUUUUUCCCUGCAACCUUCCGGUGUUCUAUUGAACGUCUCGAUUCAACGCGCUCUUGUUUAUUUUAUCUUUGUGGAUCAUAUUUGAUAUCAUCAAGAAUGCUGAAUAUAUCUCAAACUCUUCUGAAUGCGCUUCUAUCAGGAUAUCUUGUUGCCACAUAUCUCCCUAUAGUCCAUGCUCUGGAUGCAAAAUUAUAUCUCGCAAAAGCUCAAAAUUUUGGUCUCUCUCCCAGAGCCUCCGACGGCUGUGCCGACUCCUCAUUCACCCAGUGUCUAGGCCAUAAUUUCCCAGCAAACUUUUGUUGUCCUUCUUCAACAUCGUGCUUGCCAAUAAAUGGCGCAAAAACCAUCAUCUGCUGCCCGGUUGGGCAAACGUGUCAGUUCAUUCAACCGAUAACCUGCAAUAUCCAACAACAGAAUGCAACAGCGCACCCAGAAAAUUACAUCAAAAGCACAGAUCUGACGUCUACACUCAAAAAGUGCGGCACAGAUUGUUGUCCAGACGGAUAUUCCUGUCAGAAUAAUAUAUGUCUCAUGGACAAUGGUUCUUCGCCAGUCUCGUCCGGCUCGCCCACUUCCACUGCUUCACCAACAGCUUCGAACGGAGUACCUAAUAUAGGAGGCGCCUCGAAUGCAAACUGCAAUGCAUCGAAUUCAUCCUCUUUACUUGGUGAAGAUCGCAACUGUCCUUCUUUUCCCGGAAGGGCGGUCGUUGCGGGAUUCUUUCCUGGAGCAAUAGCCGGUGCGCUUGCCACAGCGAUUGUGUUCUUCUUACUGGCCAAGCGACAACAGCAAAAAGAGCUGGCUCAAAAUGGAGAGGACAGAAAGACAAUUUCGAAGGUCUCUCCGCCCAUGUAUGAGCAACGGGAGACGUAUCGCACGGAUUUCUUACGGCGAGCAUCUCGAGCGCCUGGAGUUUCCCGCGCGCGUUCUCUAUUUACUCGAUCUCCGGUGAUAGGUACACCAAAAUCAAGCACAAGCCACAGUUCACGCAGACAGUUUGCGGAUGAGGAAAGACACACUCCAACAAUACGGCGACUGUCAAGCACCGAGUCCAUAGAUGUUGUGCUCUCGCCUCCGCCUCCUCUGCGAGUAAACGGAGGCCUCCGCCCUCCGACGCAGAUGACAAGCCACACAACAUUCACAGAGAUGAUGACACAGGCAAGAUAUAACCGUGGUACGAUGCAGCACCGGCCACCAAUCUCAGAUACUCAUGGAGAUACCUACUCUGUUGGAGGUAGAAUUUGACCCGUGUUUCGGUCUAGCAAAUCUUGGAGUGGAGCGGCGUUGUGCAAGGUCUUUCAACGGUGAACUGGUGUUUCUUGUAUCUGAAAACUGUAUUUCGAAAUUAUAUGCCGUACAUUUGAGCCCAGGGAGUUAUUGCAGUAGAUAAUUGGGUUGGUGUCGACUUCGCUCUAGUAAUCUAUACAGAUCAUCUAAAAAAAAAAACAGGAAUCUAGCGC